GGCGGGGCCUGUGCGUCCUUGCACAGCUCCCGGCUUACAAAGGCGGGCUAGGGUCUGAGAGGCAAGCAGCUGGCUGCAGCCAAGAUAUCUUUCCACUUAGAUACUGGAGACAGAAAUUGUCUACAAACCGUGGAUGGUACCAUGUCACUUGAUAUGAAAGAGCACCCUGAUGCUGAGGUACAAAAGAACCGAGUACUAACCCUGGAAGACUGGCAAGACAAGUGGGUGACCCGUCAGAUCGGAUUCCAUCAGGAGCAAGGGCAUCAGCUAUUAAAGAAGCAUUUGGAUACAUUUCUUAAAGGCCAGAGCGGACUGCGAGUGUUUUUCCCCCUCUGUGGAAAAGCUGUUGAGAUGAAAUGGUUCGCAGACCGGGGCCACACUGUGGUUGGUGUGGAAAUCAGUGAAAUUGGGAUUCGGGAAUUUUUCGCAGAGCAGAAUCUUUCCUUCACAGAAGAACCACUCGCCGAAAUUGCUGGAGCCAAAGUAUUUAAGAGUUCUUCAGGGAGCAUUUCCUUAUACUGCUGCAGCAUCUUUGAUCUUCCCAGAGCAAACAUCGGCAAGUUUGACAGGAUUUGGGAUAGAGGAGCAUUAGUGGCUAUCAAUCCAGGCGAUCAUGAUCGCUAUGCAGAUAUAAUACUGUCCCUACUGAGAAAAGAGUUCCAGUACCUCGUGGCUGUCCUUUCUUAUGAUCCAACAAAACACACAGGCCCACCAUUUUAUGUUCCAGAUGCUGAACUUAAAAGGUUAUUUGGUGCAAAAUGCAGCAUGCAAUGCCUUGAAGAGGUCGAUGCUCUUGAAGAAAGACAUAAAACCUGGGGAAUUGACUACAUGUUUGAAAAAUUGUAUCUCCUUACAGAGAAGUAAAAAACCAGCCUGGUAGUGGAGCACACCUUUUAUCUCAGCAGGCUAGCCUGGUCUACCAGUGAGCUCCAAGACAGCCAGAGAGACCCUAUCUGGAAAAACCAAAUAGAAAACCAACUAACCAACCAACCAAACAGAAAACACCCAAUCAAUCCCUGUAUGAGUUUUUUGAACAAUUAAAAAUUAUGUUGAGGGUUAA